AUGUCCAUGGACGAGGAUCUCUUCAAUGUCGGGGAAAACGACGAAGAUAUGCUAGAUGCCGAGGAGGAAAACGACAGUUUCGGCAUGGACGUGGAUGAAGAUAACCAGAACGAAGAGGAGGAUGAAGGUGGUGAAAAUAACGAAAACGACGACAACGACAACGACAACGAGGAUGGAAACAACGAAGAAGACGACGAAGGAGGCGAAGAAGAUGACGACGAGGGAGAAGAGGGAGACGAAGAUGCCGAGAAAGAAGGAAAAGAAGACCAGGAUGAAGAACUGGGCCAGGGUUCCGAGCUGAACAGAAACGGAGACGCUGAAAACGCUAAAGCCAACGAGGAAGAUGGCGAAAAGAACGAAAAUGUGGAUAAUGGGUCUUCUAAAGAAGGCAAUGGCUCUCUGGAGGGGAAGACUAAUGGCGAAGCUACGGAAACUGAUGCUCAGAGUAUAAGACAGAGUGCGCUUGAUGGUAUGAAGAAGGCUACUUAUCUUGAUAUAUCGCCUAUGGUGGCGUGUCCAUAUGCCAACCAAUGUCAUGCUUUCGCUGUUUCUGAAGGUCCUAAAUGGUUGUUGACAGGUGGAGAGGACGGUUUUAUCAGGAAAUACGACUUCACCGCCUCGAUAGAAGGUAAGUCUCCUCUUACAGUCGCUCAAAAACACAAUUUAAUGGACAGUAUCACCAAAGCUGGUGUUAUUGGGUCAUACUGGGAAAACGAACAACCCCAGACGAAACAACAAAUCAUGGACGGUAACCCAAAGAUCAAGCCUUCUGACUUUACGUCUGGCGCUAUAUCCUACGAGCCCAAGGUCAACCCCGUCUACGCUCUUGCAGUUGAACGUAACGGUUACUGGUGUCUAUCAGGAUUGCUGUCGGGAGGUAUUUCUCUAUAUACCAUGAUCUACAACGAAGGCGCCAUUCACCACUACUUCGAACACAACAGUCAAAAACAAGCUCAGCACACCACCAGCAACGGCCAUCUGGAUACGAUUUCCGUACUUAGACUCAACUCAGAGCAGAACAGGUUUCUCUCGGGCUCAUGGGAUAAAACCAUCAGGGAAUGGGAUUUGAACACAGGCAAGGUUGUCAACUUAUACAAAGGCAGUUCUGGUCAGAUAUCGAACAUUCAGUAUAGGCCACAGGGACUUACAGAUAUUACUUUUGAGGUUGACGGCACUGAACAGAAAACUGAAAACAGUGACGUUGAUUCGUUGUUUGGUGAUAGUGACGAAGAAAAGGAAGAAGGUGAUAAAGAGGAUACCGAAGAGGCAGCUGUGGCUAAAUCCAAACCAGAACUUAAAGGUAAGAACAAGGUCGCCACUUCUGACUCCAUUUUCAUGAGCUCUAAUAUCGACGGUACCGUGAACAUCUGGGAUGCGCGUGUUUCUACGUCUAAUGCUGCUCUUCGAAUUGGUGUUCCCGAAGGUGUUCCUCCUUGGUGCAUGUCUUCAGCAUGGUCUAAUGAUGGUGACAAAAUCUACGUCGGUAGAAGAAACAGUACAGUUGAAGAGCUUUCUUUACGAAUGCCUCACAAACGAGGCAGUGGCUCUACGUCCAUUCCAAAUGUUUCAAAAUGCCUUCAAUUCCCCAAAAUCUCGGGCCCAGUUUCUGCCCUUUCCGUUAUGCCUAACGAUAACUUCCUUCUAUGUGGAUCGAAUGAUAACAUUCGUUUAUACAACUUGGGUCUUUAUAACGAGUUUGCCCAAGAGACAUCCGUACUGAAGAAGAGAGCCACGCCUUUCUUUGUCAUUCCAGGUCACCACGGAGGCAUGUUGAGUAACUUGUACGUGGACGAUACAGGAAGAUUCAUGCUAAGCACUAGUGGCAACCGUGGAUGGGGCCAUGCUUCCUAUGCUGAUGCUGUGCUUGUAUAUUCGAUUGACUAUGAGGGGAAGUAA